GCUGGUCUCCCUGCAGACGGGCACCGGGCCGCUGGAUGAUGGCGUUCACGGGACUGCUGCUGCUGGAGUUGGGUCUGUACGCCAGCUGUUUCGUCUGUGGGAUUGUUGCCGCCGCAUCCCUCACCAUCGUCCAGGGCAACUUUGGAGGUCUGUGUAUGCUAUAUGGAAAUGUCAACUACAAUGCAACAGCAAGCCUUAUAGGGAUUCAGUCAUCCAGCUCCUCGUCUUUGUGCUAUUUUGUGUCGGCCAUCUCAGUCAUGGUGGCAGUGGUGUGCUUCUCGCUGUCUCUGUACUGGGUGUACACUUUCUGCAUCGAUGGGGACAUCAGAAGGGAGCGCGUGUGGAUGAACCUGAUCGUGGCUGUGUGCGGCGUCUUCCUGUUCUUCCUGCUCAUCACGGGCUGCAUGUUGAAGAUCGGACGUGACUCGCUCUGCAACUCGGUCAUACACACCGUUCCGAACAUUACCAGAUGCGAGGAGGCCCAGACUAGAAAAUGGGCCAGUCCACUUAAAGGAGGAAGGUUCUACAACAAUCUACUUAAAGCUGAGACGGCAGUGUGGGUCAACUUCUUCUUCUGGCUCAUCAUCGGGGUUCUUGUGAUCGUCCAGAGGCGUCAGAGUUCAGGGUCUAAGAUGAUUGUAGGAGGGCUCGGAGGGUAUGGUGGGCCGGCCGGCGGGCUUUUUGGUGAUCCCGGGGUGACGGCCGCAGAGACGGAGCCAUUUUUCAACCGUCCACCUAGGCCACAGUGAGGAUGGGUGUUACAGAGGAGUUAAAAAAAACACACACACACACACACACACACACACACACUAGCACAAAAUGAUUGAUGCAGAAAAAAUUUUUAAGGGUGUUUUGGCACAUAGAUACAAUAGAAGUGUUGACACUCGACGAGGAUGGGAUUCGAACCCACGCGUGCAGAGCACAAUGGAUUAGCAGUCCAUCGCCUUAACCACUCGGCCACCUCGUCAGGCACACAUGCAUUAAUAGAAGUGAAAAUCCUGCACAGCCUCUUUGUGUCUGUCAGGGCAUGUGUUAAGCAGAUUGAUCACAUGCUACAGAGAUCAAACAGCUGAUAUGUGCAUUUACCCAUUUCCCACAUUUACCUCGUCUCACUUAUCAAACCCCUCUCAACCGACUGACCACUGCAUCACACAGAAAUAUGGAUUGGUUCAUUCAGUUUGUUUACAUAACCAAGGAAUACGGGAAUGUUUACUGCAGGCAUUCGUUUUAUAUUUCACCACUGUGCCCAGAUUUUGUACUUUUAUUGUGACUGGCAGAUGUUUCCUAUGUAAAACAUUUUCACUCCUCAGUAGCUUCAACAGCUUGAAGUCACAUUUUUACAAAGUUGUUCUCGUGAGUCACUACUCUGUGCCACCCAGUUUUAUUAUUACUGUUGGUUUUCUUCAUUCCUUAUUUAUGAUGACAUUGAGGCAAAUUUCUCUUAUUUUCAUUCUGCCUCAAACUAUUUGUCAUUUAAUCUCAGAAAGUUCACUGUCAGCUGUGAACUAAACCACUGUUUGAAGGACCACUCAUUACAACUUGAAACAACAGGGAUAUAACAUUAUAUCACAUUAUUUUGCAAAUAAUUCAAAUGGAUUUUUAAAUUCCAGGCAUGAUAAAUGACAUGUGUGCUACUUUUUUUAAGCAAUAAAGCAAAGAGUUAAACACAAUGAGCUUAACUGUUUUAUUUUGUAAGACUACUAUCUUAGGUAAAAGGCUCUCUUUAACAGGAGUCCACUUUGUCUUGACCAGAAUGGAGACAUGGAAAUGGAUAUGCUGAGUUGUGUCUCCCUCUGGUGGUUGGUAAUGAGUAAAGACUUCCACCUCUCUACAAAGAGACAUUUGAAAUGUUAAAUUAAGUAUUUCCUGUGUUAGUUCACAGUCAUUUAAAUACAAAGGUGAAAUUUUGAGAAGAAGAAGAGUUUGGCAGAGGUUGUGUGCUGUGUAGCGCUCCAUAAUGUUGUUAUUGUGGCGAGGAAAUGAUGUAAUGACUCAUUGGGUCGGUGACCUUUACACACCUGAAGCCUAUAAAGCUGAUGACUUCAUGCCAGGUUUUUUUCUUUGCUUGUGAAUUUCAAUAAAACUGGUCCUUCUGCUUA